AUGUCAACCCGUACUACUCCAAACCUUUCGACACUGGUCGAGAAAACCUCGGAGAAAACGAUAUUGAAAGAUACUGAUCGCUGCAAAAUAAGGAGAAAUAUAAAAAAUACUCUGCAAGAAUUGACCAUUGGAAAGCGAUUUAAGCUACGCCUAGGAGUUAAAGGUCCUUCGUACAAACUUCGAUAUCAAUAUGCCCUCGAUUUUUGGAGAGAAAAAACGGGAAACGAACAAAUUGAAAUACGGGUGGCGAAUAACCUGAUUAAGGACCUGGGAGAAGAACUAAACAGUAAACACUGUAUAUAUUCUGAAGCCGAGGAGACUAGCGAGAUUUUGCAUUCGGAUGCAUAUUUUUCCGAAGAAACCAAAGCCAAAGGCAGACGUGCAACAAAUCAGAGCUCAGUGAACGAGAAGCCGGUUUGGUAUGUCACCUGUAAAUGUGAAAGUAAAUUUUAUGUAAAAUCUGCGAAUAAUCGUGAAGCCGAGAAUGGCGAGAUAGAAGUAAAUAUGCAAGAAAUUAUGUGUAGCUACAAGCUUAUUUGUCCUGGAGAUGAAGUUAAAGUCAUUCGUAAUUGUCUUGGAAACAAGGAGAGCGUUCAAAUAACAAAGUAUGUAAUUGGCAUAUAUAUACCUUAUGCACUUAGGGGCUGAUUACAUGGACCGAGCCAGCCCGGUUAACCGGGCUGAAAAAUGUCACGAAAAUCUUCCUUGGGCCGCAAAAUGAGUUUUAAAUCGGGUUUAGGAUGAUUUUGCAUCUAUACUAAACCAAUUAUUUAUCGCAAAUUUAUUUUACGCGAGUUUUAAAACCACAGUAAGGUCCUAAACAAACGAGUCAGCCCGGUUAACCGGGCCAGCUCGGCACCAUGUAAUCAGCCCCUUAGUCUAGGACCUGACAGUGUAUAGAUGUUUGUAUGCGUUUCAUUGAGCACAGGUAAUCUCAACUGUUUUAGAGUAAAAUGACCAUGGCGGUCAACAUGGCAUAUGUGCCAAAACCUGAAUCCGGGGCGAAAGUCCUGAAAAUGACCCCACCCUUAUACGGCAGUGCCGACAUAGCUCUAACUUCCGAAAAGCAAAAGCGACAGCCUUUCUAAAGUGCUUAUAGUGUUUAGAAGGGUUGCUUUUAGGGGUGGUCAUUGGAAGGAAAAAUUUGUCUAAGUAUAAUAUUUUACCAGAAAAUGACCAUGCACCACUCCAGGUAAAUUGCUGAUUAUGCACAAAAUAACUAAUAUGCCUGGCAGAACAGGUGGGAAAUUUGUCGUCGCUGACCAAAAAAUUGCGGGCAGAAACAAAGCUCAUUGCAUUUGCAUAAUUUCAAAACAAAGCAGAAAGUUAGCAAGAAGCUGUUUUAGCUGACGAUUUUUUGCUUUCCAUUCAACGAUUUACAAAUUAUUGGUUAUUCUUUUAAAAGUCGAUCAUGAAUUCUUUGUUUUGGGAUGAUUGUUUUGUAAUCGCGUGAUUGGAAGAAGUUAAUAUGGCGACGUGAACAUGGGAGUAAAUACCGUAUACGUCGAUCUAUGGCUUGUUUAAAACCGUAAUAAACGAAGAAAGACGUGAUUUGAGAAUGAAAUGUAAGUUGAAAUUAACUUUAUAUGCCUCAAAUUUUCCAUCCUAUGUUUCUUAAUGUAACUUCAGCUGUCUAAGUUCAAAAUACAAGCUCGCGAAAUUUGACAAAUUUUGAAAAUAUGUAAAAAUAGCUUGACUUUGAACUGUAUUUUCUCAAAAAUAGCCCGUGGCCUCAAUUUCAAAUAUAGCUAAAUGAAAAGAAAAAACUUUUCGGCGUUUGUAGGUAUCAAACAUAUCGUCAGGAAAAUAGGGGCUCACAAUGUUUUAGUUCAGUCUUUGAAACCCAGUUGCUUCGCAUGUGUUGUGGUCAAAUUUUUGCCAAGAAUCAAAGGCCGAAAUGUGAACUUCCUUCAUGAAAACCGCUUCGAGAAGGGUCUAGUCUGAAAAUUUAGCUAUUAAUUUCGAUUUCAUGAGCAUAUUUUGGUUACACGUUAAGUAUUUUUGUGCUUGAUGAGAUUCAAAAUUUGUUGUAUAUUCAAGCCCGGCUUUUGUGUAAUUUUGGUGAUGACCGGAACAGAAAUAAAGAUAUUUUAAAAACUGGCCGUGGCCUCACAAUAAAACUUUCUACAAAUGUUCUCUGUUUCAUGUACUUUUAUUUGAUAUCUUAGGUAUAAGCGUAAAAAUAGGGGCUCAUACAGUUUAGAGGUUGUAAAAUGCAUGACUUGCCUCUAUUUUCAUGUAAACAUUCGAAAUUCUUCGACAGCAAAGUAGCAACUGUUUCAGAUCGAAUGCACACGGACAGCCCACCAGAGACAAUGGCAGGGUACUGAAAUAGAACGUCACUAAAAAAUUCUGUAUGAUUAAUUUAGAUCAUGUCCACUCUUUCAACAUAAAACAGUCAUUUAUUUUGUACAAACAUUUGGCAAUAUUUACACGAUUGUGCCUUUUUGUAAACGCACGUUGCAUGUAUUCCACGCAAUUGCGUGGCUCAUUUUACUCGCGCAUGCUCAGACAAAUUUCCCACCUGUUGCCUGGCAGAAAUUUAAUGUUCUUAUUUCCUACAUAAAAUUAUCAUGGGAUGAAAAACUAUGCUUAAUUUAAUAUAAUUAUUGUAGUUUUCAUAAGGAUUGUCAUUGUUUUCUUUAAAUACAAUACAUUUUAAUUCACUCACCCCUCACGAAAACACCAUUUCAGCCAUACUUUGCCGUCUUGUUUGCUUUUUAUCGCCGAGUUUCACUGAUAUCAUCCAGUUGUUGUACUUUUACAUAAUGAUAAAUGGCUAUAUUUGCCGUAAUUAUAUUUUUCAUUAUCUUUUAAGUUGAUGCACUGUUACUCAUUUAGUUUUUCCUUACUGUUUCUGUAAUGUUCCUAAGUUUGAGCUGUAAUUAUUAGUUGUUAGUCAGUUUCACUUCAAUAUCUUAGUUUUUUCCCUAUUGAAUUACUGUUUUACUGAGUGGGACAACAAUUUGCUGACUGGGAUACAAUGAUAUGCCAUGUUUCACCCCCACACUCGGACCCUCUAUUGCUGCUCCAGCAUGCUUCUUGUUAACCCAUUAACCUGCAAUGCAUUAUAUAUUUAUUCUGACUAAUAUAAUAGGCCUACAAGACAAUUUUACUCUUCAAAGGGUGGGUUUAAAGCUAUAUAAUUAACAAUUAAUUGCCGGCCAUGCACUGGUGUGGAGCUGAAAUGUUAACAAGAGCUGAAAUGUUAACUACCCAGUAGUAGACACUCAGGGUAGGGAGUAUGUAAUAAUCAAGUACAGAUUACUAAAAUCAUUAAACCUCAUCAUUUCAAGUUUUCACACCUAUACAGUUACAAAUAACUUUAUGCAAUCUGCUAAUUCCCCCCAAAGCUGGCCUCUUCCCUGAGCCCUCCUAAUUCCACCCGUGUUACUGGCCAUUAUAAUAAUACUUUCAUUGAUAUUGUGGUCGGUCUUUCAGUGAUUUUGGCCAGAACAAAGUUGUAUCAGUUUGUCGAUCCACAGGCGGCCCAAUCUCGCAAGGGUCAGUAUAUAGACUUAUAGUAUAAAUGUAUAUUAUAUUAAAUUAUUAAUGUAUAUUAUAGUAAAAAUAUGUCGUAAAAUAUAAAUUUUAAAAUGAAAUUGACUUGCCCAUUUGAUAGUGUGUGUUCUCCUUUUAUUCCUCCUUUGUUGGACUAAUAUUUUCCGAGACUUUGUACUCGAUGUUACUAGUAUAACAUGAAACAUGAUAAAGGCUAACGAUUCCUGAUCGUCGAUACGACGCCACGGCACUUCGAAUCGAAAAUUCUCACACUCAAAUCACUUUAUUCUCCAAAAAAUUCGCCAGCAUGUACAACAAAUACCGUUCUUUGAAAAUACAGAGAUACUUCGGAGAGAUGUACAAAUUUUGGACCAUAUAAUUAUUUUAACAAUGGAAAUCAAAACCCAUUUUAUAUUGAACUUACCUGGACCGAAAAUUACUACGGUGAACGUCUGCGCAACCAGGCCUCCUUUACCGUUGGAUUUACAGGGGGGGGGAGGAUGCCACUAAUAUAUUCACGAUAAUAUUUCGAAAUAAAGUAUCAUAUUCUACCAUACUUUCCAACAAAGAGCCGCUGUAUAUUACUUCUUCCUUAAAUUUCUUCAAUCUUUGUCGUUUAAUUUUCUUUUCUUCGAGAACAUCUCGAGUUUUAUACAGUAUCCGAUAUCGAAGGAGUUUUUAUUUUGAAUAUCAAAUUUCAAAUAAUGUAAACAGUCGCUACGCGGCCGCGAUUGGCUGGCUGUUACCGGAAAUAUCUGCUCCCCCCCCCCCUGUAAAUACAACGGUAAAGGAGGCCUGGUUGCGCAGACGUUCGCCGUAGUAAUUUUCGGUCCAGGUAAGUUCAAUAUAAAAUGGGUUUUGAUUUCCAUUGUUAAAAUAUGGUCCAAAACUUGUACAUCUCGCCGAAGUACCUCUGUAUUUUCGAAGAACGGCAUUUGUUGUACAUGCUGGCGAAUUUUUUUGGAGAAUAAAGCGAUUUGAGUGUGAGAAUUUUCGAUUCGAAGUGCCGUGCCGUCGUAUCGACGAUCAGGAAUCGUUAGCCUUUAUCAUGUUUCAUGUAUACUAGUAACAUCGAGUACAAAGUCUCGGAAAAUAUUAGUCCAACAAAGGAGGAAUAAAAGGAGAACACACACUAUCAAAUGGGCAAGUCAAUUUCAUUUUAAAAUUUAUAUUUUACGACAUAUUUUUACUAUAAUAUACAUUAAUAUAAUAUACAUUUAUACUAUAAGUCUAUACUGACCCUUGCGAAUUUGGGCCCCCCUGUCGUCGAUCUAUAAGAUACCCUGAAAGGGAGAGGAAAAAUAAACCUUUGGUUGAAAGCGGCAAUUGAUUCAUCGAGCUGCGCCAAUCAGUUCGAAUUAGGAUCAGAUCCUAACUCUGUCUCCUAAUUGGAUGAUUGUAUUAAAGCCCUCUGAUUGAUUCAAAUAAAACAUCUAUAACCAAUCAGAGAGCUUUAAUACAAUCAUCCAGUCAGGAGACAGAGUCAGGAUUUGACCCUAAUUCAAACUGAUCGGCGCGGCUCAAAUCAAUUGCCGCUUUCAAACAGAGGUUUAUUUUAAACCUCUGGAACCAGGGUAUCUACAAGACAAUUAGGGCUCACAACCACAAAAGGCAUGGAUCUUCGAUGACUUUUUAAUAUGUAUAGGAUUUGAUUCUGAGAUAAAAUAAGUGAGUAUAGCAAUCUUUUGUCAAGUUUCAGCAGAGGUGAAAGGUUAUGCAUUAAUCAAGGGUGGGUUGACUACAAAAUUUUUGUAGUUCGCUAUAACUACAGCUACUUCAAAAAUAUGUAGUCAGCUACAACUACUGCUACUUUUGAACAAAGGUAGUUCGCUACUGACUACAGCUACUGGCUUAAAAAAUGUAGGGAACUAUUUCGCUAUUCGCUCAUCUACAUUUUUUAGUUCUACUGUAUUUGGAGCAUCUACUAUUAACUCAGGCUGUAAUAUAACCUAUAACAAAUCGACUUACGAGUAGCAACAGACAAUAGUAAACACAAAGCAACAUUUUUGUAAGCACGACAGUGUUGAGGAGUGCAAAUAGACUAUUGAGUAUUGAUUUUAAGCAAACAUGUCUCAAUAUCAUGCUAUUCUAUCAAGUUGCUAACAAUUUUAAAAAGUAGCGAAUAGCGAUUCGCCGUUUGAAAAGUAGCCAACUACUUGGCUACUUUUAGACAAAAUGUAGUUUGCUAUAACUACAGUUACUGUUUUAAAAAAGUAGUUAAAAACUACAGGCUACUUGAAAAUUGUAGUUCGCUACAGUAGCGAACUACAACUACUUCGCUACUACCCACCCUUGGCAUUAAUAUACCUACUCUCAUAGCGACUGAAUCGGGCUGUGUAUUAGUGACUAAUCGAACCCUUAAUUGUUUACAUGAAUUCUACAGGUAUCGAGGGGAAAUAGUUAGGAUAUAAUUAAUUCAACCUAAAAAUAGAAAUUUUCCAGCCAUGAUGUGAUUAUAAAGGAAUAAUAAAUACCUUGUCCUUGCUUGUAAUUGUAUUUGAGAUUCAGAACCAUUUUCAGCGUCUUUAUUUGAGUGUUCUGAAGGGGUAAAAUGGGUAACCGAGGGUUACUGGGACUGGGAACAUAAAAAUAGGAAUGGGAAAACCCAUAGAUCAUUACACUAAAGCCUGACUAGGCGGAAUUUUGCGCGCGCAGCGCAGCGGAAAUUUUCUUUGUCUUUUCUAAUUAGUUCCACCUGAGAAAUCACAAGACAAAUAAAAAUUCCGCUCCGCGCGCAAAAUUCCGCCUAGUGGAAAUCAGGCUUAAGGCCGUUUUUUCACUUCAACGUAUCGUAAUGUAUGGUGGCAAUUUUUUUUUGUGUCCAGGUCAUUAGUUCUGGUCCAGUGCUCAGGAAACAAAGAAAUACGCUACACUUCGAUACAAAGGCCUUAAUAAAUGCAGUUGAAGUUGUCAUUUCAGAUUCUGAAAACUUCAGGAAAAGCUACGAAGCAAAUUUUGAUUGAGAGUUUGUCUAAACAUGAACUAGAAGACUGCAUUCUGCCAUUUCCAGCAUAGGUCAUUUUCUGCGUUUGCGAGUCAUUGAUUUAUUGACACUUGACAUUAAUGAUCGAAGCGCGCUGGACACGCCCAAAUUAUUGUGCGAGAUUGGGAUUAGGGUGAAGUUAGCAAUCAUAUAUAUUUUACUCUUAAACUCAGGUCGACCCAAACAGGCUCAUUAUAGCCUUAUGUUUCAAUCGCGCGGGGGUAUUUAUUAUAAAUCCCAUCGCCCAUUUCCCCCCAAAUCCCCAAUCUUAAUUUAACUGUAAAACCUAAACUAAUUAUUCCUGAGCAAAUGUUUCACCUACAUCUUGAUUUUUAAGAAAUAGCUUCAGGACGUAAAUAGGAUAAAUCCCCUGUAGGCCUAUUCCCAUUUAAAAGGCCAGUGGCUUCUUUAUGAUUUAUUCUUACUAAUAUAAUCGUCUUGAACUACAGGGCACUCAAAGACCGGAUAUACCUCUUCGAUUAAUUUUAAAUUAUCAUACAUGCAUUAACGUAUUUUCAACAAACUUUAUUUCCGAUUUUAUUUUGAAAAGUUCAAAAUAUUACUCAGAAAUAUACAUUUGAGUUUGAACUUUUGAACAUGCAGGCUUCCAAAUUUGACGAUUUAUUGAAGGCGGUUUGUCCGGAAACUGUUGUAUGACGUCAGUGAUGUAUCAGUUAUAUAAUGCAACAAGAUUGUUUUUGUACAGAAGGAUUACGAAAUACGACAUAAAAACGACAAAAAAGGAAUUUAAAUAUUUUUGCAAAUAUUUAAUUUACAUAUAGUUUUCGUUACUUUUAAGGUGUUAUUUAACUAAACAAUUCAUUAUUUGUUUCAUAUAUAACACCAAAAUAAAUUAUUGUUAUCAAUGGAAUUAAACAGUUAAUAAAUACCCCCGCGCGAUGACAACAUAAGGCUAUAAUGAGUCUGUUUGGGUUGACCUGAGUUUAAGAGUAAAAUAUAUAUGAUUGCUAACUUCACCCUAGCAUCUUCCCCUCGAUAGGCUAUGGAUUGGGCUACGAUUAAGAUUUUGGUGAGUGGAAUUUAAUGAAAACCAAACCGUGCCAUGGAACAAUAAACAUAGUACAAAAAUACACGGCUCAACGUGCAAUGGAACGUCUUCCAUUGCACGGCUGCAAAUUGGUAAUUUUUACACCAUAUCACGUUGUCAUAAUCAGCCAGUUAAUUUGAAUGACCAGAAUUUACAGUAGUCAUAUAAAAUAAAAUCUCAACGGAACGCUCAUUGGGUCCAUUACGAAAACCGUUGCUUCCAUUUUACGGUUAACGAAUGCAUCGCGCACUCCUAAAUAACGAUACGCGAGUCAACAAUUCACUUUGACAUGCAAAUACCAGAGAAAUUGCAUGGUUUCACGUUGUAACUAUAAACACGUUUGUUAUGGUGGUAUGGAAUGAGAGAAUUUACCUUUGUAGUUUUUUCUGCUUCAAUCAGGCAGCUAGCAUAUUGUUCUUGCUCCAAAACAAGACAUAAAAAAUCGGCGAUAGAUUUUAAGUCGAUCUAAUUUGAAAGAGCUCUUGGAUCUGUAAUAUAAGUUUUUUCAACCGAGUCUAUGUAAAUAAGGUCACGGCAAUAACAGUGAACGUUUUGUCACAGCUAAAAUGGUUGUACUUCCUAAUCUUUCUGUUUUCAAUUCUAACGAAACAGUCAUCAAGCAGUCUCAGUCAUAGAGUAAACUUUCCGGAGGGGGUGUAUACAAUUUAUGUUCGUAGUGAUUUAUUGUACUUAGUCAGUGAUUUGAAAGUUAUUUAGGCACUUUCAGUUGUCUUAUUUAAAUAUUCUUUUAUCGUUUUGCCAAGUUCACAAAAAAUUCGAGGGAUUGUUUUCGUUGUUGUAAUUUUUUGUAAAUUUUAUAACAUUCGCUUCUCAUGUUGUGUAAAGGAUAUUUACCCCGGAACACUCGCUUUUUUCUUUAUAGCAGCGCAAAUGCUCAUGCGCUAUCAAGCCGUAGAUCACGGUGGCUUGACGAUAUGCUAGGAAGAAGCGACAGUGUUGUUUUCAAAUGUAUAAACAUUUCAGACGUGAAUAUUGAGUAAAUCUUUCAGAAUCUACGCAAUAUAUAGAUUGAUGUUAUGCAUUACGGACAUUCAAUUAAACGCCGAUAUUAUUUAUACGGUACAUUCAUUAUACAUAGCUAGGAAGGAGCUAGGAACAGUGCUUUUUUUCAAGUGUAUAAACUCUUCAGACGUAAUAUUGAGUCAAAAAUCUUUAAGAUUCUAGGCAUUGAAUAGAGUGCCGAUAUUAUUUUCACGGGUAUACUCAUUAUACAGAGGUAGCGAGACAGUGUUGUUUUCAAAUAUGUAAACAUUUCAGACAUGAAUAUUGAGAAAAUCUUUGCCGAUUCUACGCAAUAUAUAAUUAAUGUUAUGCAUUACCAGCAUUCAAUUAAGUGCCUAUCGAUAUUAUUUAGACCGUGUAUUCAUUAUACAUUGUCAUUGACUGUAUAAGGUGGUACACCACAAAAUAACGGUGCAAACUCGUGUUCAGUGCAACGAUAACUCUACCAGAUCUUACGAGAAUCAAUCUGUACAUAGAGCUGUAUCAAAGAUUUUCAAAACUGCUUUAGGGACCGGUCAUUAUUUAAGGAAAGGGUGGGGGAGAAUUUUUUCUUUCCUAAAUUUUUAAAAUUGAAAGCCCUCCCCCCCCUUAAAAGAGCAGACAUUUAUUGAUGACCCCCGCUACAUAUCAGAAUAUUUUUCUUUGACCCCCCAUUUUCAUUUUUACUCGACCAAUGGGGAUACCCCAGCGUUAUAAUGUUAAUUAUUAAUUAAAUAAGAAUAUGGAGCUGACAAGAUAUUAACGUCGACCAAAAAUAUAUAUUAGCAGAAAAUUAUAAAUAAAAGAAAAUUAUAAAUAAAAGAGGAGUAUUUUCAUAUAUAACUCUAAAAUCAGGUUUCCAUUUGGUCUGGGCGAUUGUAACCAUGUUUAACGGCAGAGAAUUAAUAUUAGUAUUUGGUGGCAGUUGCCGUUGGUGGUCCGAGGCUGUUACCAGAUUUAAUGGCACGAAGUAUUGCCAUAGCAGCUGCGUAACAAUGAGAGUAACAAUCAGUAAUAUUAGCAGCAAAAGGAGAUAGCCAUGACAAUUCUGGACAUUCUGCCAAGGCAUACCUCCAGCACCAGUCACACUGACAAGUCAGUGGAAACAAAAUAUAAUGUAUAGAGGUCUAUACAUCCUAUUUUUAGUGAGAUUAAAAAUUAUAUAAAAUAAAAUGACAUAGUACCAGAUAAAAUCCUCUAGAAUAAACAUGGGUGGGGGGGGGGGAGGAAAGGUAUCUAAGCGCUAACCUUGCUGCAGCAGGUAAAGCAUAAAAUGGCAGUAUGAAUACCCAGACCGAAGCACUGAUCACAAGGCGCGAAACAACCCCCCUUUAAUCGAUAUGACGUCACAGACUCCCAUCAGUGGAUGUGGCCUGCAUAAUACAUUCGCCGUUAACCUUGCUUAAAUGUAUUUAACCACAUCAAGAAAGCUGAUGUAAUAAUACAUUGUCAAUUUAUCUCUGCAAUCAGUAAAGACUGAUUUGCAUACAGCACACAGAAGACAAGAUAAAUCCAGACUAUUUCACAUCAGUGACCAUGAUUUAGUCGCGAUUACAACCAAAUGGAUACCAUGCUUAUUAAGCAAAUUCCUUCAAAUUUAAUUGCAACCGCCCCCUCAUUUUCUUGAAAAAAUCUAAUAGCCCCCCUUCUAGUCAUUUAUUUAUACAUAUGGCCCCUCUCAUUUUUUUUCUCUCCCCUUCCAUAAAUAAUGACCGGUCCUUUAAACACUGCUAUAACUGUGAAACUAUUGAAAUCUAAAGUGACAUUAUUGAAUAUAUGCGAAAAACUGAAAAUAACAGAACGUGACACUGGGAAUAUUACAUAAAGCCAAAGGUCAAUGAGACUUGUUGUUGUGAAACAUGUCACAAUGAGGUUAACAUGUGGAAGCGGAUGGAGCGGAUCAACGGAACAGAUAUGGGGAUAAAAUACGGAAUGGAUGGGGAUAAAAUGCGUCCGUUUAAUACGCAACGUAGUGCUUAUUAUUCAUAACAUAUCUUAUACAGCUAUUUCAAUUAAAGUUGUCACUGAGACAAUAGUUAAAUGUGCAAUAUGGGCGCUAACAGGAUGAUGGGAAUAAUCAUAGUUUUAAAUAAAUUUAGCGUAUCAGUAGCCUCGUGGGGAUGCUUUUGCAAAUGCAAAUGCAAAUGAAGUUUUAGAUUAUGCAAAAUCUGGUUUUGGUGAAACAAUUUAAAUUUCGAGUUGUUGUGUGUAGCAUCACAAUAAAUAAGUAAAUUGUAUCAGUUUCACGGGGCACGACGUUUCUGAUGUGUUAGGCUUGUUUCAAACGUCGCGCUACUCAUGUGCCGAACGCAUUAAAAACAAUAGACAGAUUUAGAAAAGACGACGCGACCUCUAAGGCGACGUGGAUGUCGUCAUUUGGCGCCAACUCACGUCAGCUUCUGGUUUGCGACGUCGUUUUUGAUGAAUUCACGACGCGAAAAUACAAUUUUCACGUCCUUUCUAGAACGUCACCGAUUUUUGCUUUUUAUGAAAAAAUAUGAGACUAUAUGCAUAAUAAAAAAUCAUCCUAAAUUGUUCCCCAUGUAUUGUUUAAUAAUACUAGCUAAAGUUUUUCCAUUGACAAGAUCAAUUUUUCUUUUAUUUCGCUAAAAUUUUGGACGUGUUGAUUUUCGACAAAUAGUUUCGAUCGCUAUAUUAACAAAUCAACAAAACUGCAAACCACUUCAAUACCGCUAGUAUUCUUCACCAAAACUAACAUUUUAGAACAAACUGAACUGAAAUUAUAUUAACAACUGUUUAAAAUUAGGAAAACUUGGCAAGGUAGAAGAAUAAAAGCACUUAUAAGCAGUAAAAACUCAAUCAAUUUUAGUUUCUCUGUCACAACAGUGCGAGAAAGUAGGACAAGUAAAAAUACGCUUUCCAGCGUGAAAAACUAUCGUAAACAGUAUUAAAUUUUACCAAUGUAGGCACUAAUGCCAUAUUUAUACUUAACAGUUGACAAACUUGAUUGAAUAGGCUACAAAAUAAAGCAUUUAGCUCGUAAGCAAUACCUGCAGCUAUUGUAUUUAUUCCAAAUAAUGCAACAAAGUUCACUUUUCAAAAUACCGAAACAUACGUCCUUUUCUAAAAAAAACUUAUUGAAUGUUCAUACUAAUUCAUCAGGAAACACUUGGCCAGUAUUAUAUAUCCUUUUCUUGCACAUAACUUGACAACUGAUGGAAGACAAGCCGUCCCAGGUUAAAACCCGGAGGUGAACGCGAGGUGUACACGUCAUUUUCACGCCGUCUUUGAGGUCGCGUCGUCUUUUCUUAAUCUGUCUAAUAGAUAAUGAGAUGAAACGCCUUUGGUGACUAUUUAUUUCGUAGUGCGAGUUUUGGCGACCCUAUAUAGUUCUUGCAUAAUUGUCUUUUUCAAUUUGAAACUUCACACUAUCGUUGGAUCCCUAGUUGACAUAUCAAACAAACUGAAAUGUAUUGAAAACGAAAUGUAGUAAAUAGUUAUAUUGCAGAUUUAUAAGACAGUUCUUUGUAACUACAUGAACGUAAAAGCCAUUACCGAUGGCUUUCAAAUAAAUGUGAACCGUUACUUUCUGACAAAUAUAGUCGUCUUGUUUUGGUAUAUAACCUAGCUGUUCAAAAUGUAACGUUAAGACGUUGGGUUUCGUAUUGUCCAACAGAUAUGUUUAACGAAAAUGUAAGAAGCGGGUUGUUCAUUAAUUUAUUGCCACUUUUUGUAUUUCACAGAUCCAACGGAUUGGAAGGAACAGAAACUCACGACGCUAAAGCAAGAUUUAUUGGUGACGUUUUGACGCUUUUUUCGCAGGGCGAAGCUGGCUUGACUGUUUUUGACAUUUUGUACACAAGGUAUUAUUUCUGAGAAAAAGUUAAUUAUAAAUUUUACACACUGGUGUACUAUUGUGCAAGCUUAUACUACUUUCACUUUAACAGGAACUUCGAUUCAGUUCGUUAAUCAACGGCCAUUUGCAUGCCAUUCCGAAUGAUUAUAGGCUUUAAUUAGUAUUUCACUUCGACAGGAGCUAGGGGAUUCAGUUCGUUAGUCAACUGUCAUUUGCAUGUCAUUCGGAACAACUUGUGCACCCAAGACAUAUUGAUAAUUGCUGGCCAUUAAUCCAAAACAUCUGACUGAAGAGAAACAAACUGGGCAAAGCUAAGCUUAAACUUCAUUGAUUUUUAAAUCCAAAAUUUUCAUGGGCGGCAAAGGACAACAUACGAAGACUCGAGUCAAUCUCAAAAAAAUAUAUUAAAGGAAGGAAGAGGAUUCUCUCGCUUGUUUGUUCAGAUUAACUAUAAUAACGGAACGAAUGUAUAUAUUGGCACACGUUGAAAUUUCCGAAUUUUGAGGGAGGCGUACCAUGCCGAUUUUCCUAUUUCAAAACAUGCAUGUAUACCCAAAUGUGUCCUCAUGCAGGGCUGCAACGCAUGUCAUCAAUUUUGGUUUAAAUUUGGUUUUCUUUUAUUAAUAUAGCUGCUACAAGCGUUUAUAAUAUUUUUUUCAGAAAUCCAGGGAUUUGGGACCACAUAAAAAAUGACGAAGAGUUGUUUAAGGAUAUUCAAUGUGUAAGAGAUGUUAUGAAGUUGUCAUUUCUGUUGUCGGAGAAAUUGUCAAAGAAAAAAAAGAUAUGUCAACGGUUCUUGGAAGAUCUUUCGUCCUCUUUGUUUUUCAUCGUCGCAUUGCCACAGUUCGUUCAAAAUAAUGUCAGCGAACUGAACAGGUAGGUGGUGCCCUGCAGUUGGUAACGGGUAGAUCCGUUUCAGACGGCGUACUUUUUGUGUGUUCAAUUUAAUUGACGAAUUGGGUACAGCAGAAGAGCGACGUGCGAAUCAAUUACCGGUAGCCAGGACUUGCUUGAGCGCCAAAAUUUCGACACAAUUUCGCAUUAUGGGGAUCAGUUGGAACGACUGGCACAUAACCGCACAUUGAUUCAUACGCCAUUCCACUCAUGUAUCAAUCCUUAAAACUCGACUUUUUGAAAUCUGUUAGUAUUAGAUGAGCUAUCCAAUUUACUAAAGCUAGACUUAGUUUCGAAUUUUAUUUAGGAUUCGUUCCCGAAUGCGCCCCAACCUUAUCGAUCAACAACAUUUAUUGUAUACGCUGUUUGAAUCACUACCGUUCUCGUGUCGAUCGCUCCAACGUCCUAUCUAAUACAAUCAAGUUCGGCACAUGAAGGCUCAGCCGUCUGAAACGGUCCUAAGUAUUUUCAAAGUAUUUCAUGCUCAUACACUUUGAAAUUAAAGUGACAGUUAAGCCAGACCUGCUUAGUUAUAGGCAUACUAGUACCAUAUAUUAGACGAAGAUCGAGAAUCGCUGUGAAUGCAGCAUAAGCCUUGUGAAGGUAAUAACGAAAACAAAACCAAUGGUUGUGACUGUUAUUAUUUCAUACAAUGUUUUGAAGUGUUUUUUCUUUGUUUGAUACUUCUAUUUUACCAGUGACGAUAGCAACAGAUUAAAAUCACUCCUGGAGCUAAUGAUGGAGUUGUCGCCUAAGACUGCAUCAAAAACAUGGAACGUGGCGAAACAAUUAGCCAAAUCCAUGCAUAUGAUUAGCAGUGUAGAAAAUUCCUUGGAAGACAGCUCAGAAUGUCAGGGUGUGGAAUUUUUGGUGCAUCUUGGACAGAUAUUGGCAAAGGCCGUGUCAGGACGUCAAGAUGUAGAUACAACUAACUGCGAAUGGAAUGAUUUGCCUACUAUUCCAACAAACAACGAAAUUUUUAGCGGUAAGUAAUUCAUUUCUUGUCACUAAAAUGAAAGUAGCUAGUCAUCAUGGACACCUUGAUUAAACACAUUACCGAGUGUUUGAUCUCUAAAACUGUAAUGAUUAAUGUUCUCUGAUAUUUAAGGCAUAUAUGGUACAUGUUUUCUUUGUUUUUGCUUUACGAAUUAUUAAUUUGGUUUUAGAAGAUUGGUAAAGCGGUUCAAAUAAUAAAUUCCAUGCUAUACAUUACUUUCAUGUGUGCAAUGUUUUGUUUAUUGUUUAGCAAUUGAUCUAAAUAGUCUGGAUCCCAUAAAACUCGAUGAACCCUACAAGUCCACCGUGCAAUAUUUGGAUAUUAAUUUCCGAUUACUUCGCGAAGAGUGUUUCAGGAAUUUGUGUAGUGGCAUUCAGGAUUUCCGCGAGGGUAAGAGCUAUGAUGCUCGCAAAAUGAAAAUGUACAGGUAAUUAAAGACAUACAAUCAGCACGUUAUAUACAGCUAAUUUAAAUAAGGUUGUUCUUUGCAAACUUUAAACCUUAAACUCUAAGCGUGCGAAGCAUAAUGGGAGCAUCAUCUAAUCUGUUUAGAAAUCAUAUUUGCAUGGGCCAUUUCUCUGACAUGGAAAUAUAAUAUCUCCUUACGAGAACAAUUCAUUUACAAAUAGUUGCAAUAUUCAACUACUAAGCAUGAAACUUGUGCUCCCAUUAACCUUUGCGUGCUCAGAGUUUAAGGUUUAAGGUUUAGAGUUGAAGGUUUGCAAAGGACAACCUUUUUUGAAUUGGCUGUAUACCAAUUUAAAUAAUUUGAUGCACUGCUAACAAAUUGUCAAUUUUUAUUUUGUUUACAAAAAUAAUCCAGAAACAAAUAUAAUUCUACACCAAAAAUUUAGUCCAAAAUUCUGUUUUGAGGAACAACUAUAAUUACAGUGAAUAGGAGAAUAAUUGAUGCUACAAAACCUAAUCACUGUACUGAGUGCAAAAUAAAAACAAACCUCAAGUGUCUGUUGGUUGUUAGAAAAUAAUAUUGUUGCAUGUAUGUUGUGAAUAGGCAAAUAACAGUUGUAUAUUGGUAGUUUAUUUAACGAAAAACUUUGUAGCUUUCUGAAUGCCCGACCUUAUUCCCACGCUGUUUCUUAUGCAGUAAAAUAUUACAUCAGGACCUUAAAUCGAGGUUCUUUCUUACAGUAGUAUGGUACCCUAAUCAGGUAUUUGAAUUCAUGCAAGGUGCAUUCAUGUUACCUGCAUAUUUUUUCAGAAAAUCUGAGAAUAUUGACCAGCUAUAGAGUAGAACCUUAGCCACUAAGAUCGAUAACCUUUUAAAUUGCUUUGACAGUAUUUAUUAUAUUCAACAGCAUAUAUACUUCCUGUAGAUUUAUUGCAAUUUUUUUCUUCAUCCUUAAAGGGCAACGUUGGAUACAAUUUCGGCUGACCGUGGCACACAAAUUUUUCUUGUGUUGAAUUGUGAGGACUACAACAAAAAGAAGAACUCUGACAGGUAUUAAUUAAAACGUUCUCAUAUUUUCAGAAUUAAUAAAAAAAUUAAAUUGAAAGCUUUCUUUAAUUAAAUAUGAGUUCUAACAUGACCACUCUUUACCGUUUAUAAUCUUCAGGCAUUCUUACACAGUUCUAUGUCCGAAAUUCCAAUAUAUACAUUUUUGGUCGUCCGUUGUUUACAACUUGCCGUUACACUGUGUUUCAUAAUAAUUCUUACUUUGUUAUUUAUUAUUUUAUAUACUAUAAAUAUAUUAAUGCAAACUCCUAGUCCAAAGCUAUUCAUUCAUUAGUGUUAAGCAAGAGAGCUUGGUAUCUAAUACUUGAAGCAAACAGCUUAGCAUUUGCAUGUGUAUGCAUAUUUUUGGUUAUAUUUCAGCAAGCUAGGGAUUGGCGUUUGUCUUAAUUAUACUUUCAUGUCGUGAGUUCAAAUCCCGACCGAGACACACUUUUAAAAUGUUUCAAACACUUUUUCUACUAAUUGGUUGGGGUUGACCUUCGUUUAUUUUAUGUCGUACCUUAAUUCGAAGAACAAAUCCUGCCGGAAAUUUAGUGUAUCAAAAUACUGCCCAUUUUAUUCCUUUACACAGUUACUCUUUCUGAACUUAAUUAUGGAAGAUCAGCAAUCAUAACUUUCUCUUCUUUGACUUUUUUGACUAAUUGCUGCACACUUUUACAAUUUUAAUAAACACGGCAUAUUGUUCGAUUUGUCAACGGAACAAAACCCUAUAUAGGUACCUGCCAAAAUCGUGGUCUUGCAUCAUGUCGCUGCAUGAUAUACUGUUUAAGAAAUAGAAAACGAGUCGCGUGCAUUUAUGGUGUGAUAAUGCACGCGGGGAAUGUUGGGAAAAUACAAGAGAAACGUGUAAACACGAGGCGUAGCCGAGUGUUUUACACGCUUCUCGAAUAUUCUCACAACAUUCCCCGAGUGCAUUAUCACUGCACCGUAGACGCACGCGACGAGUUUUUCUAUUUCUUUUAUAAUAUAAGUAGAAGAUAUUACAUAACUAGAAAAUACAUGCAUGCAGAAACCCUCGCCUUGCUGACAAAACCAUUGUAUUUUCCGAACAUGAAGUAUCUGAAGUAGUUAUCAUGGUAACACGAUAAUUUUUUAAGAAUAUUCUUACAAAUGAAAAAUCACCUAAAAAAUAUCACUUUUAAUUGCAAAAUUAUUAAUUUCCCAGCAUAUAUAUGUUAGGUAUGUUGUUAGUAUAGGUAAUAGAAUGGUUUCGAGUGCAAUUUGCAUGGAUAUAACAUGCACGAGUGAGUUUUUCAAAAACCUCAAAAUAGCACGAGUCCGAAGGACGAGUGCUAUUUGAGGUCUUUAAAAAACUCACGAGUGCAUGUUUAUCCAAAUUUCACGAGAAACCAUGCUAUUACUUAUUAAUAAUUUACAUAAAAAUGUUCGAGACAAUUGUAGUUUUAACUUACGCGUUUACAGCGAACAUUCUACUAGCAAAGUUUCCCUGGCUUUUUUAAUCACAUUAUACAACGCUAACAGCUUGAAAAUUUCACUCAACUAUGUAAUUUUUGUUAGUCUUGUUUAAGGUAAAUGCUUUUCUAUUUAAAAAUAAAGAUAAAAGCCAUAUUUUCUACGCGAAGGCAACUUUUACUUUGUAUACUGCGGCGCCAUGUUUGUUUUGUUUUGAAGCAAUCUGUGACCAUUACUUCUUUAAACUAAAUUGCUUUAAACUGAUUGGUUGAUUUAAUCAUCACAAUGUUUUUCCACCAAUCAGAUCAGUUUGUUACAGAUUUUUGCACUGGAAUUACAGAAAAUUGCACUGUGAUUACAAAAAAUUGCGUUGUGAUUACAGAAAAUUGCACUGCUGUUUGGGAUUAACUGCACUGAAAUCAACCAAUCACAGUCGAGUAAUAUCUUUAUGUAUAUUAUUAUACGUAAUAUAAACCUUAAUUUAAACUAAACUGCUUUUUAAAAUGGCUUUAUCGAUAAACUUUGAGUUUGCAAUAAAAUGAUUUCAAAUUCUCGCUUGCAAAUAACCCUGCUUUCUUUUUUAUUUAAAAAGUUCAAUAUCAUAAAAAAGGGAAUCAAUAUUACUAAAGACACACUGAAAUUAUAUACUAUCUUGUUUAGUUGUUUCAUAUACGCAACGGCCGUCGGGUUUUAAAUUAAAGCCAUUAUAAAAUCAAUAUUUAAAACAAACUUACCUUCGUUAACGUCGGCUCACUUUUUUAGCCGAUUCUUUCGCCCUUUCUUUCUUGAAAUUUACAAAAUCUUGCAAAAAUGCGAGCAAAAAUGAAAUAUAUUUGCAAGAAAUUUAUCAAUCAUCAAAUCAAGAAAUGUUUGCUAUUUCGCUGUCGUCAUGCAGUCGUUAUAAUGCAAACUUUAAAUUGGACCAAUCAGUUUUCGCUAUUCAUGACAGUCCGCCACAUAUUUUGAGAUCAGUGAGGAUGACCACCCACCGAAAUAUUGUUAGUGAGCCACGCCCGCGAUAUUUGAUAAACUUUAGACUUCGCUAAUGCUUUCGUUUCCCCGGGUGUAAAUAGCUGGGGGUAAUUAGUACCCUCGCAAGGCGCUUCGCGCCGUCGGCUCGGGGAUAAACAAUUUUACUCAAAAGAUCGACAUUGAAAUUCUCCUAACAUGUACUCAGUGACGUCACGCGCAUGCUUUUACUUUCGCUUGAAUUUUUAAGCGAGCGAACUAGCGAACGAACAAAAACAAUACAAAAUUUUGAGUAAGUUUUGAUGCUAAAGUUGCGAAGAAAUUGUUUAAAAUGCUGGGGGAAAACCCCAGUGAUACACAAACUAAUUUGUUAAUGUUUUCAGCAUCAGGGCUGCCGGAUUUGCCAUGAAAGACGUCAUAUCGUAGGUUUCGUCGUGUGGCUCAGUUUUAAUUUUUGUAAUAUUGUAUUUUUGUCAUUUGCCGAAAAUAUAUAUAGCAGUUUUUAUUAGAACCAUUGAAGGUACUUUCUAAAUCACUUUUGUUCACUUUUUGUUGCCAUUUUCUAUGUUUUUGGUAUUGCUUUUGUCUUUUGGUAUUUUUUCCUCGGCUAUUUUACGCGACCAAACAAAUUUGACGAAUUCGCAUUCGGUUAAUUUUACUGUUUUUACACGUAGAACUAUAGAUAAAAUUGCUUUGUUCUUUGAUAUAUUUCUUCUUGCUUUCUGAUAAAUUUUGUAUUUAAAAAAAAGCUAUAGUUUUGUUUAUAAUUUUGGCUAAAAACCAUGGAAGAACACAGAAAGAGCAAGGCAGUAUACGGACCACAGUGCAUUACUGCAUCACAAUGCACGCGUAUUAGCCUAUCAAAUUGUCUGUUAUGUCCCACUUAUAUUAUAAAAUGAUAUAAUGACAUAAUCGCUUGCAUGGUACAAAUUCCCCGUGGGGGAUUACCACCCUCACCCGCAGCUUUCGGCCUGUUUUACAGCGUUUUCAGAAUUAUUCAGAGUAGGUGUCUGUUUUGAUAGAGUAGGCGGGACUAGGGAGGCGGCGGUCUCUUAGACGUUGUCCACACUAACGAGAUAGAUCGAUCUCAGACCGAUCCAUCGCAAAGCGAUCUCAAUGUGAAUGCAAGAAUGCGAACUGAGAUCGAUCUAAACGAGUCCACUUCUGGAGGUGGUCUGAGAUCGAUCCAACCUAAUCCGCGCGCAAUGUGAACUGAAAAGCGAACUUAAAGCGAACUGAAACUUUGGUUACCAAUCCCUAUCGACUUUCGCGUUCAGAUCUGCCGCCUUAUUUAUGCAAAAUGUCUGCCAGCCGCGGAUAUAUUUGGACGGAAGACGAAACAACUUUGAUAACACCACCGUCGGCCAUUUAAAUUUACCUGCAUUUUCAAAAUUAGCUGCAAGCAUGUUUUUGGUCAAGUGUGAACGCUCCCCAAAUGCACUACCCAAAUACUAGACUUGCCAUAACCCAAAUGCGAACUGAGAUCGAUCCAAUUGCGAACUGACAUCGAUCCACUUUGAAUCAAUCUCAGUGUGUGAGCAAGGCUUUCAAGUCAUCCAGAUUAACUGGGUAUAUUGAUUAGAUAGCAACACAACACAAAUUAUAAUGUAUCACUACUUUCUUUCUUCAACAAGAUUUAAAAUGGCAAAUAACUAAAUCAGUUUUACGAAAUAACACGUCGUCUUCGGAAAUGACCAGGCUAUAAAGUAUAGACCAAAUUGAGGAAAAAUAACUUUGUUUGAAAGCUUAGCGUAAGAUUGCAGGAAAGAGAGCAGAAUUGAUGUUUCAAGUACUAAACAAAGUAACCGGCGGUAAACCCCGUUCCAACCGCCGGCCGCCGGGUUAUUUUGAAAGCCCUGAGUUUUAUAUAAUUUUACUAUUUUAUAUUAUUUUCAGCUCUGAAGAAGAGGAAGGUACAUCUAAUGAAAUGCUUUAUGGUAGCUUGAUGUGUAUUUCACUGAGUAAAGUGUUUGACAGUCUGAUAUGGGCUACCGUUGUAAAUAGUGAAGUGCAAAGGAAUGGAAAUAUGUAA